AAAGCUGAAAAUGAAAACAAACGUAGUUUAGUACCACACACGAGUGCCUACGUUCUAUAUAACGCAUCAUUAUUUAAAUGAACAAUAUGUCAGGCAUGACUGAUCGUUUCAACUAUGUUUAUAGUUGUGAUCUCGACGUAAAUGUGGAAAUCAAAAUUGGAACCCUUGAGGGGGAGAGAGAACGACCAAGUUACACAGAGUUGCUGGAGGACUCCAUGUUGAAGUUUUCUGGUGCUUACACGGAAGGAUGUGCAGAUCUCUAUGUAACAUGUCAGAUUUUCUCAGAUGGCCGACCACUGUCCCUUGCAGUCAGUACAUCCUACAAGGCCUUCAGUACACGUUGGAAUUGGAACGAGUGGCUGGUACUACCUGUGAAAUAUAACGACCUGCCAAGAAAUGCUGUUCUGGCUUUAACCAUAUGGGACAUCUAUGGCCCUGACAAGACCAUCCCAGUAGGGGGGACAACUCUACCACUGUUUGGAAAAAGAGGAACAUUCCGGCAAGGUAUGCAUGAUCUAAAAGUAUGGCCUAAAGUCGAGUCUGACCCGCAGUACAACUCCAGUACACCAGGGAAAACCAAGGAUAAAAACGAUCAGAUGAGUCGCCUAGCUAAGCUGAGUAAGAAACAUAGAGAUGGCCAUAUGUUAAAAGUUGAUUGGCUGGAUCGACUGACCUUCAGGGAAAUUGAGAUGGUUAAUGAGAAACAGAAACGAGACUCUAACUUUAUGUACCUAAUGAUUGAGUUUCCCUUUAUACACUAUGAAGAGAUGGAGUAUACUGUCAUCUACUUUGAAAAGGAUGGUGAUGAACCAUUUAACUACAGAACACAUGCAGACGUAGUCACCAUACCAGACCCAGAAAUACUGGCGGAAAACCUUGUGGAGAGCAAACAUCAUAAGCUUGCCAGAAGUUUACGAAGUGGACCAACAGACAGAGAUAUGAAACCAGAUGCGAAGACAAGAGAUCUCCUAAAUGCCAUUGCUACUUACCCUCCUUUCAAACCUUUGACAUCAGAAGAACAAGACCUUAUAUGGAAGUUUCGUUUCUACCUCUGUAGCCAGAAAAAGGCCCUGACAAAAUUCCUUAAGUGUGUCAACUGGAAGCUUCACCUUGAAGUGCGACAGGCACUUGAACUACUCAGUCGCUGGAGCCCGAUAGAUGCUGAGGACGCAUUAGAACUCCUGUCACCUGUGUAUCAACACCCGACAGUGAGAAAGUAUGCUGUGUCCAGACUGAGACAAGCUGAUGAUGAGGACUUGCUGCUCUACUUCCUCCAGCUAGUUCAAGCAUUAAAAUAUGAGAAUUUUGAGGAGAUCAAGAAUGGUGUGGAUAACUUGAGUUCACGACGGGAUUCUAUCAGUACAGCUGAUACUGGCAUGCUUUACCCUGAUAAGGACAGGUCUGUGAGUAUGUUGUCUCGGGCCUCCUCUCACGACUCUAUUCUAGAUGCACUGGGAGGCAUUUCACCAAAGUCAGAGGAAAGUCCAGAAGCUAAGCUAGAAAAAGAGAUGGACCUAGCAACGUUUCUGAUAUCACGGGCAUGUAACAACUCAAAUCUGGCUAACUUUUUCUACUGGUUCUUGUCAGUGGAGAGUAUAGACUCAGAUAGCUCGGCUAAAAACCAAAAAGUCACCGAGAUGUAUCAUUUUGUAAUGAAACGUUUCAGCCAGGCACUCUUUAAGGGUGGACCAGACUCGCGGUUGAGACGAGCAACUAUUUCUAGGCAACAAAUGUUUAUAGAUAAACUUGUUGACCUGGUAAAAAUGGUUAGCAGGGAGAGUGGAAACAGGAAGAAAAAGAUUGAGCGACUUCAAGCCUUACUGCAGGACUCUGAAGUAUGUAAGAUAAAUUUUUCUGACUUUGAACCACUCCCUCUUCCACUAGAUCCUGAUGUAAAAGUGUGUGGAAUUAUUCCUGAAAAAGCUGUACUAUUUAAAAGUGCUCUGAUGCCUUGUAAGCUUACUUUCAAGACGAUGGAUGGGCCAGAUUAUGUUGCCUUAUUCAAACAUGGAGAUGACCUUCGACAGGACCAGCUUAUUUUACAAAUGAUCUCUCUAAUGGACAAGCUACUAAGAAGGGAGAAUCUGGAUCUCAAGUUAUUACCUUACAAGGUAUUGGCAACCAGUAGUAAACAUGGACUUGUCCAGUAUAUUGAUUCCAUUAAUGUUGCUGACGUUUUAGACAAAGAUGGCAGUAUUCAAAACUUCUUUCGUAAACAUGCACCAGCAGAGGGCGCUCCGUAUGGUAUAUCUCCAGAGGUCAUGGACAAUUAUAUCAAAAGCUGUGCUGGCUACUCUGUUGUUACAUACGUUUUGGGUGUUGGAGACCGUCACCUUGACAACUUACUGUUAACAAAAACAGGGAAGUUAUUCCACAUCGACUUCGGAUACAUCCUAGGUCGCGACCCCAAGCCCAUGCCAUCUCCGAUGAGGUUGAGUAAAGAGAUGGUAGAGGCUAUGGGAGGAACAUCUUCUGAACAUUUCCAUGAAUUUAAAAAAUUGUGUUACACUUCCUUCUUGGCCAUUCGGAGGUCGGCCAAUCUUAUUUUGAAUCUAUUUUCUCUUAUGUUGGAUGCCAACAUUCCAGACAUAGCGUUGGAGCCAGAUAAAACUGUCAAAAAGGUGCAGGAUAAGUUUGUAUUACAUUUGACAGAUGAAGAAGCGGUCCAUUACAUGCAAAAUGUGAUCGAUGUUAGUGUGUCGGCCAUGAUGGCGGUCAUCGUAGAGCAAUUACACAAAAUGGCUCAGUAUUGGAGAAAGUGAAUAGCUAUGUAUACGACUUCGGGAUCAAUCAGACAUGUGUCCAACAUGAUCUCACAUUGGUGAUGAGACUUCUAAAGGGUGAAACAGACCUGGAUAUUUAACAUCCAAACCAAGAGACUCCUAAAGGGUGAAACAGACAUGGAUAUUUAACAUCCAAACCAAGAGACUUCUAAAGGGUGAAACAGACUUGGAUAAUUAACAUCCAAACCAAGAGACUUCUAAAGGGUGAAAGAGACCUGGAUAUUUAACAUCCAAACCAAGAGACUUCUAAAGGGUGAAACAUACCUGGAUAUUUAACAUCCAAACCAAGAGACUUCUAAAGGGUGAAACAUACCUGGAUAUUUAACAUCCAAACCAAGAGACUUCUAAAGGGUGAAACAUACCUGGAUAUUUAACUAACAUCCAAACCAAGAGACUUCUAAAGGGUGAAACAUACCUGGAUAUUUAACUAACAUCCAAACCAAGAGACUUCUAAAGGGUGAAACAUACCUGGAUAUUUAACUAACAUCCAAAACACAUAGGGAGUUGGAUAACAUCUAAUCUGGAUCAUACUUCAGGAGUUGAUACAGAAUCAUAACUGACAUACAGAAGGGGAGAGCAAGAUCUGUAGUCUGAUCUAAGUGGGUUGUGUGUCAUAUUUAUCUGAUAAAUAUAACGAUUUAAGUAUAUUGAGCUCUAGUACUGAUAAUGAGGUGUUCAUUGAUUUACAAAUAGUGAUAAAGGACUGUAUGUUUAUUUUUCCCCUCGUGAUGCGAGACUGUGCAAUACGAACACCGAUUCAGAGGGGUUCUAUCUAUCAAGCUAGCUUUACUUCAUCUAUCCAAGCUGGAGUUGGAAGGAUUAUGAAAUUUAUUGUGUUGCUGAACAGGUAUGCCUGCCUGAUCUCAGUUCUACAGUAUGUAAUGUGUGGAGUGAAUAUUCCACUUCUAUAAUGUUAGUAUGGUUAACUUAUGGAAACCAUACUGAAGAUGUUAUGAAUAAAUGUAUUCAUUCAA